AUCGAGGACGGGUGUUCCUACAAACUAGUUCCGGGUAUCAAAAGCUUGUUGGCUAACAUUAGCUGAAAUCUCCACUCCACAUUCUACUGCAGAGUGGGUUAACAGAAAUAUCGGAAUAGGAUGGAUGGAGAAGAGAGAACCUACGGUGGCUGUGAAGGGCCAGAUGCCAUGUAUGUGAAGUUGAUCUCUUCAGAUGGCCAUGAAUUUAUUGUGAAAAGAGAACACGCCUUGACAUCUGGGACCAUCAAAGCCAUGUUAAGCGGGCCAGGUCAGUUUGCUGAGAAUGAAACCAAUGAAGUGAACUUCAGGGAGAUUCCAUCUCAUGUUCUGUCCAAGGUCUGCAUGUACUUCACCUACAAGGUCCGCUACACCAACAGCUCCACAGAAAUACCCGAAUUUCCCAUCGCUCCAGAGAUCGCACUGGAACUGCUCAUGGCUGCAAACUUUUUGGAUUGCUAAAGUUACAGAGAUAAUGUAGUAGCUUAAAACACUUUUAGAUUUUUUGCAAUAUUUAAGUUUUUUUUGCCAUUUGUGUCAUGAUUUUUUUUUUCCGCACCUGGCUUACUGUCAAAAUUUUAUUAAUAUUAAAGGAUUUCAUUUUAAUGUAAUACAUGGAUACGGCAGGCUGAAUCACUUGCCCCAGAAUGUGACAAAUAUGCCCCCACCCCAUACAUAUUUCCUCACCUGUCCAGCUUAAUAAAGACCUGUUUGGUGAGCACUUUGUUGCCAAGUGCUAC